GUGUUUACCAACAAGCUGCAGCUGUUGAGCCAGGGUAAGCGGCCCGACGGGAAGCGACUCGCUUUCCUGGACCACGUCCUCGCCUCGCACGACGCUCGCGCCACGCUCUCCGAGCACGAGAUCAAGGAGGAGCUGCGCACGCUCAUCUGGGCCGGCUCCACCACCAGCACGGACUUCCUCAGCUUCUUCUUCAUCAUGAUUUCGAUGCUGCCCGACAUCCAGAGCAAGAUUCACGAGGAGCUGGACGUGGUGUUCGGCGAGGAGAGAACGCGUCCCGUGGAUCACGCGGACCUGCAGCACCUGCAGUAUCUGGAGCGGUGCAUCAAGGAGGCGCUGCGCAUGUUCCCGCCCGUGUGCACCUGGGGCCGGCAGGUCAAGGAAGACGUCAAGCUGCCCUCCGGGUGGGUGCUGCCCAAGGGAUCGGUUGCCGUCGUCGUCCCGUACGCGGUGCACCGCAACCCCAAGUGGUUCCCCGACCCGGAGAGGUUCGACCCGGACAGGUUCCUGGUCGACAACUGCACUGGCAGGCACCCCUUCACCUACAUCCCUUUCAGCGCCGGUUCUCGCAACUGCGUGGGGCAGCGCUACGCGAUGAUGAACAUGAAGUCCCUGACGGCCAGCGUGCUGCGCACCUUCACCGUCCUGCCGGACCCGCUCGGCCCGAGGACCUUCCAGGAGAUCCCCAUCACCAUCGGGCUGUCCAUGGUGCCCACGCACGGCUCCCGGGUGCGGCUAGUCCCCAGGAGGACCGCGGCGGAGCGGGCGGCGGGCUCGGGGUGAGGGUGGUUGUGGGCCUCCCCCACCCCCUUCACCAUCCGCCGGUGGAGGGCGAUCGGAGGGCCACCCGAAAACCUUCUUCCAGCCUACCAUCUGUAGACCGUGGUUAUAGAAGGCCUCUCCGAUCACCCUCCCGAGAUUGGAGGCUGAGUCAGUCGCUAGUCUCUCGGUGACUUCAGUGUCACCCACCAUUCACCACGAAGAUGUCAAGCGAAACGUGGCGUGUGCGAGAGAACUGAAACAAACUAUGAAGGGCGAGUGAUGGCGCGCGUGCCUCCAAGUGAUCUCCACACACGCACCGCGCUCGCUAUUAGUGUAUUUAAUGUGUUUAGACUUCGAGGAACAAAUGCUUUAAGAUUUAGAAAUUAAUUAAGGUAGGCAGAGUUUAGCACGGGGCGCGUAGGCGUGCCUGCUGAAAGGGUUAGGGAUAAGUAGACCAGCCGCGGAGCAGACUUUAGAUGGCGACAUUUCAUUGUUCUAAUUUACUACAAUAAGGAAAGUAACUAAGAGUAAUUUACCAUUUAAUCAUGGCCAAUGCCUUGCCUUAAGAAUACAGCUGCCGAAGUCAUAUUGCGGCUUAAAUAAAAUACGCAGUCGGGUGAUAUAAAGUUAAUAAAUUAGAGGGAUGAAAUUACUUCGAAAUUAUCGUAUUUUUCAUUGAUCUUACAUUUAAGUGCCUAAAGUUUAUUAUUAUAUUAUUAGUAGGACCAUUAUUACAAAAUAAACAUUUGGUCGCGCUGGUGUUUACUAUUGCAAGUUCGUUUCGAAAACUGAAAAGAAAAUGGCUGUUGAGUUUA